ACUUGUUGGACUCAAUGAUGCUUCCUGAGAAACUCAGCCAGCCUGAACAAAUGAGCGCAGCAGCAGCCAUGGCCCAAACGAGCCGUCCCCCGUCCCAGGAGGGCGACGUCGUCACUGGGAAAGAUGUCAACGAGCAAAACCAAACCGCUUCUCCAUCCGCCAGACCAGAGUCUGCGGUCAACCGUCUGAAGAGGAAGAUCAGGAGGUUCUUCACCAAGUAUCAUCGCAGACAUUCAGCCAAGGUUGUCCCUUUAAACUCAGCAGAAGGCCCAGAAAUUUGCGGCGCUACAGCGAACCCAGCACCGGUCCACCAGGCCAAACCUCCUCAAAGGUCUGGAGAUGUUCCUCCAGAACAUUUUGCUCCCGAUGGCAGAUCUUCUCCUUCGGAUGAAGAUGAAAGUGUCACGUAUGUAGAGGAGUUUAUAGCUGAGGAAGCUUCAGAGGUCACCCAGAACUUAGAGUCUGAGCCAAAGUUUGACCAAAUCACACCUGUGGAGGCCUUUGUUCCUGAAGACGAGGCUUCAGAGGUCCCAUCUGUACCAGAUUCUGGACCAGAGAGCCCAUCAACCGAAGUCACCCAGAAGUUAGAGUCUGAGCCAAAGUUUGACCAAAUCACACCUGUGGAGGCCUUUGUUCCUGAAGACGAGGCUUCAGAGGUCCCAUCCGUAGAAGACGUUCCUGCAGACAGUCAGGCGUCCGUUACCGUGGGGGAGGAAGAGGAGCUGACAGAUUUAAGGCAGCCUGAAGUUUGUCCUGCGGUCGCUGAGCCCACCGUGCCGCGGGCCACGGCUGAAGUUCAGCUGCCGUCGUCAAUCGAAAAGCGUCUCUUGAAAUCAUCGAACGUCAAGAAAAUCUUUGACAUGAUCCAAGAAACCCUGAAAGACAGCGCGCCGCGGCUUUACAUGGUGCUGUAGAUGAACUACAGCCGUUUUCCUUCUCAGAUACGCUUUCCUGCCGUGCUCAGAAACAGUCCGUGCCCUACCUUUGACCUUUUGCCUCAGGAAAUAGACACUUAUAGCUAAAAACGUUUAGCGUCCAGAGACGUUUCUGGAAGUUAUUGCUGAGAAGAAGCUGCUUGAUUCUGCAGAGCAUCAGUGUGCUUGGAGAGGAGAAUCCCUAAAACAGAGGAAACAGAGGGCAGCCGCCUUUAAAAAAAAAAGCUUGUUAGAAGUGGAAGCGGGAUUUAUUAGUAGUAGUAUUACUAUUAUUUAUUUAU